AUGGGCAUCCUCAGCUUCCUCAAAAAGUCAGCUCGCAAGACCUCGCCUGGUUGUGAUGCCCCUGUCCUCCCUACCUACAUCGCCGACGACGAGAUCCUCUCUCGCCGCCGCUCUCCAGAGGACAUUGUCUACGGUGAUGGAGACGACAACGAUGAGGAACCUGCCCCAGCCCCUGGCGUCCCGCGGUACAAAAAUGACAUCACUUCUGCCACUACCAGCAGGCCGUCCACGGCUCUGGGCACCAACCGAUCCCCCUCUCGUCUAACCGGCCAAGUACCGCCGGCAGCAACCAACGAAUGCAAAAAGAAACCACCCCUAUCCCUAGGCAUCGUUCGUCUCAGCCGCACAACUUCCCAUCGUUCUCGUCCUGGCUCAAGCCGUUCCCAGCAGGAGGGGACCACCACACCCACGCUCUUCAGCUCAGCUCCCGCGAGCGCCACUAAUACUAGCUUUGUCACGACCACCAGCAACAGCUACAGGCCCUUCUAUGAAGCUCCUGCAGCCGCCCCGCCAAGGAAUGCCCUUGCCGGUCGAUACAAAGAUAUCCUCGAUGCGCAGGGCGAAAUCCGGCCUUUGGAUUUCAAGGAAAGGUUACGUGCGUCGGGGGCACGGGAUUACGGUGAGGAUGUGGCGGAUCGGAAUUUGGCAUUGGCGCAGAGCGGGUUUGGCGUUUCCGGAAUGGGGACGGUACAGCAACAGCAGCAGCAGCAGCACCAACAAAAUGUUGGGUGGAGGAAGAGCUCCAUGAUUGGCAUGCCUCCCACAAUGUCGACGGCAACUGGGGUCAGGACGCUGCGCUCGCAGUCUGUGAGUAGCGCCAGUGUGGGUGGUAGGCCGUCGACGGCAACGGCUGUGUCGAUGCCCCCUUCAGCGAGUAGGACGUCGGCGUUGUUUGAGAGGAGGAGGUCGGCUAUCACGUUGAUGAAUAACGCGCCGUCGGGUCUUGGAAAUGGGAACCGAAAGCCCUGGCAUAAGCGGAGUGCAUCGUCGCUCGCCGGCGGUAAUGGCGUCUCUUCGACACGGGCAACGCACAGGUCGAGUUCCUCCAUGGCUGGGGGACGUACUACAGGCCUGUCGGCGCCGACUGUGAGGAGGAAUACCCUUCAGCAUCAGCCCUACUGGGCUCAGCCUGGUUAUGGUGAGGGUGAUCCUCAUCUGCGGCCAGCAACCUCCCAUGCAGCAGGCCACACCCGUAUCUGGGACCGUGACGCCUUCCAACCUCGCAGGAAGAGCGCAGAUAACGCUGUCGAGGACGAUGAUGCCAAUCUGCCCUCCCCUAUCCGGAGCCGCUUGCCCAGAAUGAGAGGCUGGUCGACCUCCUCUGCGGCAUUGACUACUUCUUCGGACGCAGCCACAACUGUCACCUCCUCUGCUGAAUCAACCAACUCUAGCCUUUCCAUCCACCACAACGGCCCAUACCCGUCCUCUCUGCGCCCCGGCUCCCGCCAAACAACCUCCACAGCCGCCACCUCCGCUGUCGACUUAACCGCAAGCGCGGUAAGCCUUCUUCUCAAGCCUCUCGACGCCUGCACUCCCCGUAAACCCUCCCCCAAGCUUCCCCAGAACAAGGACGACGAUUUCAACAUCGAUGAAGCCGUUUCGUCAGACGCAGAAUCUUUCACCACCGUUUCUUCGUCUUCCGACGGAGGCUCAGAUCACAGCAGUGUCUUGUCGCUAGAAUACACACUGACUGCUGCGACGGGCACCACACAACGCUGCAGCAGCACAGAUAGUAGACCCCGUGAGCGGCAGAAACGUUGGCGCCGUCGCGAGUCCCGGCGUCGGCCUACUGCUGAAGGCGAGGAAGAUCUACUCUUUAAAGAGGGCUACGGACCCGGGGGAAUGCAGCUCCCUGGCCUGGAGGAUUUGGUUCGGAAGAGCCCCGCUCCAAAUGGUUUAGGACCGGUAUUAAUGCAGAAUGGUGGCGCAAGGGGGUCCUUGUGUUUACCGGGACGGGAGGAAUUUGGGUUUCCUGAAGUUCGUGAGGUUGAGGUUUCCGAAGAGAACGGUAUGCAGGAUGGUAUUGAGAGUGACAGUGACGAUCAGGAGGAUAUCAUGGCGAACGAUGAACUGCUUGGCAGGUACUUCCGGCAGGCGGCGAUGGUGUUGAAGGCGAAGAAGGGGAGGUAUGUGCUGGAUACGGCUGCUGAUUCGGAGGUUGAAGAGGAAAAUCAAGUGCGGGAUGGGGAUGAUGGGUAUGCCGAGGAAGAAGAGGAGGAAGAUGCUCGGCUGGCGAGACUACGGCAGCGGGCCUUGGAGAGAGUGAGCCGGUUGGCUGUGGAGAGGAGGUUGAGUGCCAUUUGUGUACCGGAUGAGGUUGAUGGUGUGGAUGUCAAGGGCAAGGGCAAGGGCAAGGAGCUGCCGCUGCGUGAGGAUCGGGCUGAGGCCCAACCUAAGAUUGAGGUUGAUUCGAAGGAACAGGCCAUCGACAGAAAGCCUGUUGCUAAGGCUGAGUCGGAUGUCCUUACGCUUGUUCGGAUGAGGAAGGAUGCAAAGCGUGCCCGCCGUAUGGCUGGGGAGACGUCUGUCCCUGCGGCGAGACUUCAACGGUUGCGUGGGCAGGCUGUUGUUGGUGUUUCGUGCUGA